AUGUUGAAGCUACGUACAGCAACUGCGGUCGUAUUCCUCAAUAUAUGUACCAUCAGCAGCUGUAGCUUCAACAUCUACCCAACCAUCAACAGCUGUAGCUACGACAUCUGCCCAACCAUCAGCAGCUGUAGCUACGACAUCUGCCCAACCAUCAGCAGCUGCAGCUUCGACAUCUGCCCAACCAUCAGCAGCUGCAGCGUCGACAUCUGCCCAACCAUCAGCAGCUGCAGCUUCGACAUCUGCCCAACCAUCAGCAGCUGCAGCUUCGACAUCUGCCCAACCAUUAGCAGCUGUAACUUCGACAUCCCCCAAACCAUCAGCAGCUGUAACUUCGACAUCCCCCAAACCAUCAGGAGCUGUAACUUCGACAUCCCCCAAACCAUCAGCAGCUGCAGCUUCGACAUCUGCCCAACCAUCAGCAGCUGCAGCUUCGACAUCUGCCCAACCAUCAGCAGCUGCAGCUUCGACAUCUGCCCAACCACCAGCAGCUGCAGCUUCGACAUCUGCCCAACCAUCAGCAGCUGCAGCUUCGACAUCUGCCCAACCAUUAGCAGCUGUAACUUCGACAUCCCCCAAACCAUCAGCAGCUGUAACUUCGACAUCCCCCAAAUCAUUUGCAGCUGCAGCGUCGACAUCUGCCCAACCAUCAGCAGCUGCAGCUUCGACAUCUGCCCAACCAUCAGCAGCUGCAGCUUCGACAUCUGCCCAACCAACAGCAGCUGUAGCUUCGACAUCCCCAAAACCAUCAGCAGUUGUAACUUAGAAAUCCCCCCCAACAUUCAGCAGCUCAACUGUAGCUACGACAUCUGCCCAACCAUCAGCAGCUGUAGCUUCGACAUCUGCCCAACCAUCAGCAGCUGUAGCUUCGACAUCUGCCCAACCAUCAGCAGCUGUAGCUACGACAUCUGCCCAGCCAGCAGCAGCGGUAGCUACGACAUCUUCCCGACCAUCAGCAGCCGCAGCUACGACAUCUACCCAACCAUCAUCAGCUGUAGCUUCGACAUCUGUCCAACCAUCAGCAGCUGUAGCUACAUCUGCCCAGCCAUGAGCAGCUGUAGCUACAACAUCUUCCAGACCAUCAGCAGCUGUAGCUACGACAUCUGCCCAACCAUCAGCAGCUGUAGCUUCGACAUCUGCCCAACCAUGAGCAGCUGGAGCUACGACAUCUGCCCAGCCAUCAGCAGCUGGAGCUACGACAUCUUCACGACCAUCAACAGCUGUAGCUACGACAUCUUCCCAACCAUCAGCAUCUGUAGCUACGACAUCUGCCCAACCAUGAGCAGCUGUAGCUUCGACAUCUUCCCGACCAUCAGCAGCUGUAGCUACGACAUCUUCCCAACCAUCAGCAGCUGUAGCUUCGACAUCCCCCCAACCAUCAGCAGCUGUAGCUUCGACAUCUGCCCAACCAUCAGCAGCUGGAGCUGCGACAUCUGCCCUGCAAUCAGCAGCUGGAGCUACGACAUCUUCCCGACCAUCAACAGUUGUAGCUACGACAUCUGCCCAACCAUAAGCAGCUGUAGCUUCGACAUCUGCCCAACCAUCAGCAGCUGUAGUUACGACAUCUGCCCAACCAUCAGCAGCUGUAGCUUCGACAAUAGCCCAACCAUCAGCAGCUGCAGCGUCGACAUCUGCCCAACCAGCAGCAGCGGUAGCUACGACAUCUGCCCAAUCAGCAGCAGCUGUAGCUACGACAUCUGCCCGACCAUCAACAGCUGUACCUACGAAUCUGCCCAAUCAUCAGCAAUUGUAACUUCGGCAUCUACCCGACCAUCAGCAAUUGUAGCUUCGACAUCUGCCCGACUAUCAACAACUGUAGCUUCGACAUCCACCGACCAUCAGCAGCUGUAG